AUGACGGUCAAUGAAAAGAGAAAAGAUGGUGGAUCUGAGAAAGACUCAACCACUAAUGACAGCUCUGUAGAACUGGAAACACCAGAGGAGCUCAGCAGAUCUACCAAAUCCUCUCAGAGCAGCAGUAGCCCUAACGUGAAAACCACCAAAAGUGGCAUCUUCUUAGAGGAACCUGACCAGUCUGGCGAGGAACCAUCUGCCACAGUACCCCUUUCAUUAGAGUCCUUUACUUUCCAUCUGAAACUGGGAGCAGGAAGCUUUGGUCAAGUCUACUUGGCAAGAGAUAUCAUCCGCCAAGAAUGUGUUGCCAUCAAAGUUUCAAAUAAACGGGAUUUAACGGAGAGUGGAUACAGUUUGGUAGAGCGCCAUGUCUUAAAACUAUCCCAUGAAAGUCCAUACCUGAUUCACGGCCUGGCUGCCUUUCACACCCUAAACUUUGUCUAUUACGUCAUGGAAUUGGCCACCAGAGGAGACCUGUUUGUUUUUAUGAGAAAGAUCUUUCCUCUUGAUACUGCCACAAUACGAUUCAUCUUGGCAGAAGUGGUCUGUGGCACAGAGUUCCUGCACAACAAAGACAUUCUACACAGGGACCUAAAGCCACUAAACAUCCUUCUGACAGUAGACGGCCAUGUCAAAAUAACAGACUUUGGCAUGGCAGCAAUGGGUGUGCAUCAGGGUCCCUCAAAGAGGAGCAUAGGUACACCAGGAUUCGCAGCCCCAGAACUGGUGAACGGCAACUCACAUGGACAAGGGGUAGACUAUUUUGCAAUUGGCGUGAUUCUGUGCAAACUGUACACAAGAAGGGGUCCUUUUCCUGGAAAACAUCCAAUAGAAAUUGAGCAUUCUGUCCUCAACUGUCCUCCAGUCUACCGAAAUUCGUCUCUGACUCCUGAAGCAGACAACCUCUUACAAGGGCUGCUGUGUAAAAAUCAGUUCCAGCGGCUAGGAGUGAAGGGAGACAUAAAAAAACAUCCAUUUUUUGCAGACAUCAACUGGGAAGAUGUGGAAGCCAGGAGAAUGGUACCACCAGCGAACGUGAUGGCAGCUCCUAUUGACCUAAAUAUUAACCAAACUCUGGAAUAUGCUGAAAUGCCAAACAUAAUAAGAUCUAAACACCAGAAGAUCUUCAACCAAUUCAGCUUUGUGUGUCCAGAGUGGUCAAGACAAUAUCAUCCUGUCAUCAUGCAGAACCAAACUUGGAUGGACAAAGUAUUAGCUAUGAGUCCAUUCAGAAAGAAAUAA